GAAAUAAACAUGAGGCACACCGCCCCGAGCGCCGCGGCUGUGUGUGCCGGGCGGGGGUUGGGCCGUUUCCCGCAGAGGGGAAGCGUUGCUCGCCGGCUACCUCACAGCGUCCCGCGGUCCUCGUCUCGGCUGCUGCCGCACACGAAACAAAGCUUCCCUUUGCCAGAAAUGCUUUCAGCGUUCUCACUGGCCUGAUGGAAGAUGCUUACCCCUUGGAUCCUCUGAAGGUUUUUCUACCUUGGUGAAAGUAUACUGAGCAAGUGUUGACUUGAGAGCUGCUUUUAGGAUGUCUGAAGAUGACGAAAAAGUUAAACUCCGUCGAAUUGAACCUGCCAUUCAGAAAUUCAUUAAAGUGGCAAUUCCAACAGAUUUGGAAAGGUUAAGAAAACACCAAAUAAAUAUUGAGAAGUAUCAGAGAUGCAGGCUCUGGGACAGAUUGCACGAAGAACACAUUAACGCAGGACGAACAGUUCAGCAACUCCGCUCCAAUAUGAGAGAAAUGGAGAAACUCUGUUUGCGAGUCCGGAAGGAAGACAUCCUGGUGUUGCAGAGAAUGAUAAAUCCCGUUAAAGAGGAAGCUUCACUUGCCAUAAAAGACUUCCUGCAGCUCCAUUCUCAAUCUGCAGAAGAACUUAAAAGGCAACUCGAAGGACAGGAGGAUGCUUCUUUAACCAGAUCUGCAACUGUAGGAGGAGAAACUUUACAUAACACAGAAGUGAAGGACGGCUCGCAGAGUUUAAUCCAGAUCUACUCCCCCCUUCCUGAAAUACCUCAGCGAGAAAAUGCAGCUGAGUCCUGGGAAACCUUAGAAGAGGGCUUGAUUGAGCUGAGCCAGUUGGUGACUGACUUCUCUCUCUUAGUCAACGCUCAGCAGGAGAAGAUUGACAGGAUUGAAGACCAUGUCAACAGUGCUGCUGUGAAUGUUGAAGAGGGAACCAAAAACUUGAGGAAGGCUGCGAAAUACAAGCUGGCAGCUCUGCCUGUGGCAGGUGCAGUCAUUGGUGGAGUGGUGGGGGGUCCGAUUGGUCUCCUUGCAGGCUUCAAAGUGGCAGGAAUUGCAGCUGCAGUUGGUGGUGGGAUUUUGGGUUUCACAGGUGGAAAAUUAAUACAGAGAAGAAAACAAAAAAUGCUGGAGCAGGUCUCUUCCAGCUGUCCAGAGCUUUCUCACCAAAGUGCCAAAAAAUCCAGCUGAAAUACAGCUUCAUCACUAGGAACGGAAGUGUGGUAGCCACGCUAAUGACAGACUUGCAGCCUUACGCUUUAAAUACAAGGGUGAGCGGCGUGAAUUUUGACAACAGUACUGUUACUUUGGGGGGGGGUGAAACAGUAACAUCAGAAUUUCUCUUUUCAGAUGUGGCAACAUCAGUCCUUUGAAAAGUACAUGGUUAACUCUUCAUUAUGAAAUCCUUAGGUGAGCUCUAUGCACAGCUGUAAUGAUAGGCAAUGGGUGCUUCAUGCCAAAUUUGCACAAAGUGUCUUGCAGACAACAAGAGAUAUCUGGAAAAACCCUAAUGCUCUCCUGUGAAAGCCACCCAAAAGCUGGAACUUUUACUGCAGUGCUCCAAAGUAAAGGAAAUAAGCUCCACCUAUCCUUCAUGGUCAGAGUACCUUAAAUUUACUUUCAUUUAUCUGGAUUUCCAAACUCCUCCUGUGUAUAUCCACAGGAUAUGACUGCCUAUGCCUUCCAGUAAUGCACAGGGAAGCAUUAGCUGCCAUAAGAAGAGGUGAAAAUGGUGGUUGAGCAAUGUGGAAAAGACCUUAUGUAUAUCCCACAUCUGCCUCCAUCAGCCAAAUCACAUCACCAUUAUAAGCAGCUUUUCUCCUUUUCCAGGUACCUUUUAAUUUGUAAACUCAUCUUGUUUAAAGUGUAGUUAAGAAUUAAUCAGUCCAAGGAGCAACUGUGCUGGGGAAUAAUAAUUUUCCAUGGCUGUUCAACUCCUUGGCUUGUCCUGAGAACACCAGACAGGAUGAAGGGCUGAGCUCUGGCAUUCUGAGCCUGAAGCUGCACCUUAUGCAGCACUUACUGCUAGAUGUUGCCCUUGCCUUCUCAUCUCCCAUCAGCGACAGGGCUGUGGUGAGAGAACUAAAUAGCCUCCCUGGCUGCUGCAGCCAGGCCUGCUCCCUCAGUAGUUUUCAUUAUCCCUCAAAGGCAGUAUUAGGCACCUGGUCACAGCCUGGUACAGCAGCACCAAGGCCCUUUAAGUGGUGCCAGUGUCAGCUGCCAGCCCCAGGGGACGGCUGUGUAAACCAGAGUAAGCAAACCAUCCUUGUGUGGGUCUGAGUCACACCUCUUGUAUCGCCUUCAGUUUCAAAACUUGUGCUUCUACCCACACUGUAGCUUCUUGUCCUUUAGGAACAUGCUGUGGAGCCUGUGUGGGGUGAGAUGGUGAUAGUGCUUUUGCUAGGUUUUUAUGAUGGGUGCCUGUUGUGCUUACCCUCCUUCUUUUACUGCUUAAGAAGGCUUUUGCUUCUGAACCUUACAUUGUUAAAUGUGGAAGUGUUAACAUGGUUUUACUGACACAUAAUCUACUGUUCAGCACAUAGUCCUACCUCCAUCCUUCAGCACAGUUCCCACACUACUGCUGCUACUGUUUGGGGAACAGAAACCGAGGUUGGGAAGCUGCUUUUUAGUGAUUUUAGAUUGUUCAGUUCAUCCCAAACUCUGGUUGAGUCUGGUUUUAUUAGGUGAACACUGAAAUCAGUACUCAGUGAUUGAAGUCUUCCCUGACAGGAAACACUGUCAAAGUAAGUGUGCUACAGCUAGAGUUUUGUUUUGCAACCAGUACUUUGGUAUCAUCAUUGGGAAUAACUGCCCCCUCAUGACAGAUGACGGGGUUUUGAGCCUGGAGACGUAAGCAACUGUUAGUUACAGCACAAAUAUCUUUUUCUGAACAGUUCUUCAAUGUUACUUUUAAAAUGUGAUUGAAACUGCCAUCAGUCAGAGCACUGGGUCUCUCUUAAAUGGGUCUGAGGCUCAGGGAAGCAACGUGUGCAAAAAUAGUUUUCACAAGUAAUCACAAACACUGUCAAGUGCAUGUUUUGAAGCCACAGUGCCUACAUCUGUAAAAUCAGCUGGAGUGGAAAACAUGAUCCAAGUCAGUUAGCUCAUUUGCUCCUGUCAGGCAAAAAGCACUUUUCUUUAAAUGCAUUGACUUUGUAUGCAAACAUGUUUAAUGAGCUUGUCACAUUUCAUACUAAGGCUGUUCAUGCCUUUGGUAUGGCACUUCUGCAUUUAAAGGAAGAAACUUAAGAAGUAUUCUUCAUCAGAAACUGUGGUUGAUUCUUUGUCUCAUUUUCAAAAGCUUUGUCUGCUUUCCUACUGUACUCUUCAAAGCCUUGUGCAGUGAAAUGACAGCAGCCACAGCAGAGACAUCGUGGACUCCACCUUCUCCCCCCAACUGGACUAAGGCCAAGACAAUCAGAAUUCAUAAACCUGAAUUCCUGAUGCAGCUUAUACAAACUGAGCUUGGUGUGCAUUCAUUGUAUGAAACAUCCAGCAUAGAAACUAUUCUUCCUCCUCGCAUCUGUAAGGAAGCAACUUCAAAACAUUGUGUACACACUGGAGACUCAAGACACUUAAAUAAGCUCUGUUUUUUAAAAACUGGUGGGUUAUUUACAUAUGUGAAGAAACAUGGGUAUGAGUAACCAAACUAGCAGCUAAAGUGCUAGGUACAUUAGAAGAAAUGUAAGAUAUACAUGAUUCUUUCAGCCCAAAUAAAACUUUCUGCCUAUGAAA